AUGGGGACCUUCCUCCACGACCUGUGCGUCGCCUCGUGGGACGCGGCGGCCUCGAUUGCCCUGGAUGCACUCGGAUUGCCCGCCCGUCCGCUCACCGUCGCGGCGGUCUACUCGGGAUGGCCCUUGCUGGAACCCUUCUUGAACGAGUCGCUGCCGACGGGACUGAUUUGGUUGUCGGCUGCAGUCCUACUCGGCAUCAGCUGCGGCGCGCUGCUCGAUGGAAUCCGGGGCACGCGCUGUGUUACUGAAAUCGCAAGAUUCAUUGUUCUUGUGUUUGCUCUCGAUGGCACCUUGCAGCUUCCAGGUAUUGUGGCACCUCCGGGCAGUGGCCUUCACCAACUGUUGGGGCCAAACUUGGUGCACUUUAUUGCCAGCUAUCCAGUGAGCCACUCGGGCGUCUUUGCGGUCACUUGUCAACUCUGGAGUUGGCUUUUAGUUUUCGAACCUUGGACACUCAACUGUUGGCACCCCGUGAUGGCCCGCUUGGGCGUGCUGCUCUUCUCGUCGUCUCUGCGGUUCAUGUCCAUUGCUGCAGUGCCGGCAGGCAGCCUCGUUUCCGACAUCCUCUAUGCCCUAUCUUGUUGUCUCGCAUUGGGAAGCUUGAUUCUGUGGGACGGGUGCCUGCGACGACUGUCGGAGUGCUGCUCCGCGCUCCCCUGGGAGCGUGUGUGCAAGAGGCUGUCGGAGUAUGUCCGUGGACUGUGCAGCUUCCUGGCGCUGGCGCUGCCCAGAGUCAGAGACUGCCUGCGCUCAGCCAUGCACCGACUGCUGUCCAGCUGGCUGCUGGCGCUCCUGCAGCCGGUCUGGUACCGCUUCCACACCCUGGUCAUGCCAGCGGUCAUGGCGUGCGUGGCCUUGGCCUGUCAUCGGGACGUGCUCCGUCGCUGGGGCGCCUACCGCCCCGGCCUGGACCAGUCUCUGGAGCUGGCCACGAAUGCCUUCUGCGGGGGGGCCGCCACCGUCUCGGUCUUCAUCCUUGGCAUCCACGGCAUCGUGCGCGUGUGGAGCCCAGGUUCGGAGCCCAACCCGCUGCAGGCAACGUGCUUGCUAAUCUUCCUGGAGAGUUCGGCGUGGGUGAUCUCCCUGCCUUGGAGGGCGUUGCGCUCGGUGGGUGAUCUGCUUGUGGCCCCAGUGGUGCGGCGACUCGUGCACCACGCGGGACCGUUCCUAUACCGGGCGCAGCUGUUCGCAGAGGUACGACCGCUCUGCGCCAUCCCCGUGGUGUUGCUUGCAAGCUGCGGGCUGACCGUGCUGCUGCAAUCGCUAGGAGACCUGGCACGGCUACUUCCCGAGCGCCUUCCUAUCGCAGACACGUUGCAUGCUGAUUUCAAAGGCCCCGUCACUGACUCGAGCUUCGCGAUGUUGUUGAUCGCGAGCGUCCAGGUCACGAUCUACACGAUGGUCGACAGUUGCCUGGCGAAGUUGCGCCAGGUGCGCAGGACCCCGACGCUCGAGUCGGUGGAUGCGGAAGAACGGCAAAACCUCGCGGCAACGAUGCAAGACCCCCGGCAGUGUCCCAGUUGCGGUUUUGGGCCCGUGGACUACGCGGGUUGCGCGGACCUGCGCGCACACCACCAGGAGCACCGUCGCAGCGGCGCCUACACGAACAACUCCUGCCCCGGCUGCGGCUACUUCUCCCCGAGCCUCGAUUCGUGGCCCCCCUUCGACGGGGACAUGCAGACCCCCGCCGGACAGUCCAUGCUCUGCCAGCGCAAGUGGAACGAGGUGGUCGUGAUCGUCAGGGCCGUCUCCAAGGCGCUUCUCCUCACGUAUUGCCCAAUGUACCUGGGGCGGACGAUGGGCUUGCCACCGACCUGGCGCGUGAUCUCCGCCGUCUCGUACCUGGCCGCCUGGGCCUGCCACAACACGGCGAGCCUGGGCCCUCUGCUCCAGGGCGAGGAGCUCGGGAACAUCCGCGGCCGACGGCAGCGCCACCGCCAGCAGCAGCGGCAGCAGGGCGCGCUGGACCCGGAGCACGGCGGGGCCGCCUGCGGCGCACCCGCCGCAGCCGAGCCGCUCCUGCCGCGAGUCACGCAGUCAGAGGCACUGCAGAACAUCCUCGCGAACCGCCCGGCGCGGAUCUACCUGAGGCCAGAGGACCCAUGCGUGAUCUGCAGGCGUGAGUUCGCAGAGGCCUCGGAUGUGCUGCACGCGGCGGGUAGCACGUCCUCGGACGACGUCGGUGCCCCCGUGGCGCGGUCCCGGCGGUGGCUCGGACGCAUAGGGUCCAGUGGCCUGUCUGUGGAGGACGCGUGCCAGCGGCUCCAGAACCUGCCCGAGCCAGCGGUGGCGAUGCGGUGCGGCCAUGUUCUCCAUCUUGAUUGCGCGGAGGCAUGCAUUGCACAUGCCGCGCAAGAGAGCAACGGACACGUUCGUUGCCCUCAGUGUCGCCAGCCUGUCACUGUGUCCGCGGAGACGGCGGCGGUUUUCUUCAGCUAG